AUGUCCGGUCGUUACUCGCGUACCCCUUCAUUAUCUCCUCUACCCCCCAUCUUCUAUGCUAUAACGUUGGAUGACCUGGACAACGAUUCGUUGAGGGAAAUCACCAGUUACCUCCCUUCAUUGGCCAUCGCUUCGUUGUCUGCGGUGUCUAGACAUUUCGCUGCUUCGUGUUUGCCUGUGCUGUACCGGUCGGUCACAGUGUCUUCUUUCGGUACUCUUGCUCAGAGCCAACCGUUCGUUUCCCGCCUAACUGGACAACACCCUGCUGCUUAUGUUAGGACAAUUGUCGUCGGCUCCUCACGGCGUGAGGUACUCCCAUCCACAAUCAGAUCCGGAUUGCAAUCAGUCGAUAACCGCGCGCUCAAUCCGUGUCUCCUUAACUUAGAAAUAUGGUCUCAGGAGUUGACACUUGCCGAUGUCUUUGCUCGCAGUCCAGGUAGACUCGCCCCUACGACCCUUCGAUUUGAGUGUCCUUUGAUUGCGGAUUCUCCCAGGAAAUCGCUGGCUGUCAUGGCAAGUACUGUCGUAAUGUCUACCACAGAUCGUUAUUCACCUUUGACAAUCUCCAUCCAGCGGUCUUUGGUUUCGACCAACCUUACUUCUUUGACUAUAUAUUUCCCUUAUUUCGCCCCUCAACCACGUUCGAGUACUCUUCACAAGAUGUUCAUGCAGAUCACGCCUGCACUCAUUAAUGUCACUGUUUUCGACAUUUGGUUGAACAGCACUGAACGUGACAUUGUCCCACGGCAGAAGGAUGGAAAUCCCCAGCCCAAUACCUUACCAGGUGCUUUCUCAAGCGACUGGUUCUCCCUACCUUCGCUCCGAACGUUUCUGUUCCGUGAUUCACUAUACGACGUUCCACUUCACCCUUUUCUCACUCGACACCCAUUAAUCGACAACCUCACCCUCGACAUUGACAACUUCGAUUGGCUGCCGAUCCCGGACCUCGCCAGCGGUGGACAUCUGCCGCGUCUGCUUGCUUUUACUGGCACGCUCCCAAAUGUUUCAAGCAUUCUACGCUCCUGGUCUACCGCCCUCACUAUGAUCAUGAACAUGAAUUACAACUGUUUCUGGGAUUACUUCCUCGUCACUCUUCGGCUGCUAGUUGACGAUGGUUACCUACCUGAUGUCCUGAAUUGUCUGCUCUCUGCUUGCUGCCACAUUGUGUCCCUCACUGUUGUGCUCCACUGUCCUCUGAACAGCACCCUCGUGCAUGUUCGCAAUUUCGGUGUCAAUGCCGCCUUCAUCCGCCGCCAUGCAUACGAGACAUUGCGCCUCCUGAGUUCUGUCGAUUUCUUUCCCCGUAUUCCGGCCGGUGUUUCUCUGUCUGUGGCGAAUGACAAGGGCGAAGAGGAGAUGCGUCAGUUGAUUCCGUCGAGGCCGUCGUCGCUUGUGCAAUGGAGUCAGAACGGUUACAUGCACGCUUUUGUCCGUGCCCUCUUCUUUGGGACAGGGAUGAACAGUCCCCGGAUCGUCACACUUCCCUUGCGCCCUGGCCUCCGUGAAUAUCGUACCCUGGACGAUUUCCUUGUUCGGGUCUAUGUUUCACGGUGGAAUAUAACUGGGUUCAACAAGUGCAGCAUUGGGCGUUGCUACAUCGACAGGUUCCCACCUGAUUCUCAUUCACUUCUCAGUCAUCCCUUUACCAUAUUCUAUGGUGAACCAGGUACUCCGGCUCCUAUCAAUGACCUCGUGCUUAAGGAACUGGUGAUGGACAAAUAUUCAAUGGCUUCACAGUUCCGCGGUAAUCUCCUCAUCGUUAAGCAUGUGCGCGCACACUCGUUCGACCGUCGCUAUGAUAUGAUUGAUGUCUCCCUUGCUGAUUAUGUAUUGCUGAAGCCCAUUGUUGAAUGGCUCAUUGAUAAUGACUUCAAAUGCACUGGGUCUACCUAUCACUAUCCACCUGUUACGAAGUUGGCGAUGCCUAUGCCCCACUCUCAUUCAUCGUUCAACAUGAAAAUUCCGUGUGUAGUCGCGUACUCUAAUCUGGAUGUCGCCCGUGUCCUUUUCUCCUAUGUUGGGCUCAAGUCGAUGUUGGCCCUUAGCCGUGUGAACAAAGACUUGUCUUUUAUUAUCAGGGAGUUUUACGCUGCACGGGUGGAUGCUGUGUUGGAUCUUGCUUUUGACAAAUUCGCCAAACGCUCUUUUUGGUUUGCCAUGGAGGCUUAUCAUUCGUACAUCGGUGGCUCUGCUGCUUACUGGAUCAUGGACAAGGAAUCAACUUUUGCGAUUUCUAACAUCAACAUACUUGCACCAUGCAACACGCAGGAUCCGUGGUCGACUUGGUUAGUCAAGUUGGGGUGCCGAGAACUGUUCUUUCAUGAUUUCACGCGUCAAAAUUUUCUUCCUCAUGCUAAAUCGUUUCGUGUCUUUCAAUCGCCCAGGGUACUCCGUGUCGUGAAUCCUGCCCAGCGCUCUGGCGAUCGACCGGUGGUUAUGGGGUUGAGAAGUUCAGAUGGGGGAACGUCCUUAAUCAAGGUACAUUUUGUCGUCAGCUGGACUGGGGUGGCACAGAGUGGCGUUUGA